AUGACAAAAGCAGGAGCAGUAGUUUUCAUUGUUUUAAUUCAGGUUGCAACUACCAUGCCAUCGAUAAUGGCAUGGACUCCUCCUCCGCCUCCUACUUACCCUCCUCCUCCUCCUCCUACUUCUGUAACGAAAUGCCCUCCUCCUCCUCCUACUUCUGCAGCGAAAUGCCCACUUGAUGCUUUGAAGCUGGGAGCCUGCGUUGAUUUGCUUGGUGGCCUUGUGCACAUCGGCAUUGGAGAUCCUGUAGAAAACCAAUGCUGCCCUGUGAUUGAAGGAGUUUUGGGACUAGAGGCAGCACUGUGUUUGUGUACAACCAUUAGGGCCAAGCUUCUGGACCUUAAUAUCCUUCUUCCAUUGGCACUGGAGCUUAUUGUAUCCUGUGGAAAGACCGUUCCUCCAGGCUUCCAAUGCCCUGCUCUUUAA